AUGUCCCAGAAUAACCUGCUGCAAGGAUACAACUGGGAGACCCAGUACGAGGAUCCGCAGGUGCAAUUCACUCGUCCUAUCCCGGAUGAAGUCAUCAGUGUUUACGAAGUUUAUGUAAAAGAGGAAUCCGCGGGUUCCGAGGGGAGGAACGAUAUCACCGUUGUACCGAGUUUGCCACCCACGAAUGAUCAUCAAUUAAUUCAGGGUGAUUGCAUGAACCUCAAUGUCGCUAUAGAUUCUGAAGUAAUUAACAUUGACGGUACGGUGACAAAGUUCCUCGGGAAAGAUGCUUUUAAAUAUAAGAUCCUCGAUCAAAACGUUAAUUCGGCCGAAGAUAAUGUUACGGUGUUCUCGCACCCAGUCGUCGAAGGGCCAUCGUCGUCUACUACUCGUCUGAUCGAUAAAGAUGAUCCAAGAUCGAAACUCCAUUUCGUGAAAUACCUGAAACGGGAUGGAAAAACGUUGAAAAUCUGGGAAUGCGGCAUUUGUUCGAAGGAGUUCCGGCAUCAGUACACGUUGAUGAGGCAUUUGCCAACGCACACCGACGAGCGGAACUUUAAAUGCGAGGCUUGCGGCAAAGCUUUCCGGCAGUUGUCGACACUGAGCCAGCACAAGGCCAUACACAGCGACGCUAGGCCGUACGUUUGCGAAUUUUGUAAGAAAACUUUCAACAGGGUAUCCACGCUGAUCUCUCACAGAAAGACCCACUCGGAACACAAGCCGCACAAGUGUCAGGUUUGUGGAAAGGGAUUCCAUCAAAAGGGCAAUUUGAGGAACCACGUGUUUACCCAUACGAACGAGAGGCCGUACAAAUGCGAGCUUUGUGGCAAAGGCUUCAAUCAAAUGUCGAAUUUGGUCUGCCACAAGGUCAAAGCGCAUGCACACGCGGAGAAAAUGCAGCACGUGUGCGGAAUCUGCGGCAAAGAGUUUCCGCGUCGAUUCUCUUUGAGAUCGCACGAGGAGUACAAGCACGGCAUAAAGUAUCGACAUCCGGCAGGUGUGCAGCAGGGCAUCAGCGAUCCGAACGUCAUAAGAAAUAAGAACGUCAGGAUCGUGCAGCUGCCCAAUGGCGAUCGGAAUCAGGCGAUCGAGGUUAGGGACAAGGAUCCUUUGAUGGCGCCGGAUGUCAUGGAAUCGGUCGUGAUAGACAAGAUCGACACAAAGGCGAUGGAGAUGGCGCUGAUGGAAGGACAGACGCCAUUCGCGCUCUUUAAACCAGCCAAAGGAAUUCCGGUUCUCGUGAAAGUCUCUCCGACUGGAACUCAUAAAAACAUCUUGACACCUGCCACGGCCGAAGAUCUACGCAUGGCCGGCAAGAUGAGCCUAAGUCCAACAAUUCCCACCGACGCUGACAGGAUCAAAGCUGUUCAAGUAAAAGUACCGGUGGUAGCCACCGUCAUUCAGAACAUAGACUCCGAGGGGAAAAUAAAUUUCAUCGUCGAACCACCUGGCCCAGAGCACGAGCACGAGAGCUUGGUCACGGCAUUGGAUUCUCAGUUCACGUACAGCGAGCCGGCUAGAAACGAGCCCGAUCGCCAGAAUGCUCCUGUUGUGUCCUCGGCGAUGGAGGAUUGCAACGAGUUGCUGGAACUGGCCGCCCAGGGUGGAAUACAGUUCGUGCGCGCCACUGAGGAUGGUCGUUACGAGGUAAUGACGAACAGCGAAGCUCGGGAUUUGAUGGCGCAGAACUCGCACGACGUGACCAUACUCGAGGGCGAAGAAGCGGAUGCGAUCAAUGUUGUGAAUAUGCGCGGUAACGGGGAAGUUAUUAUCGGGGAUUCCGAUAAUCAGAUCAUGGUACUCGAUUCCGCGUCCACGCAGAAAUCCAUGCCGAUGGACAGCAUUGAGAUCCUGGAGGACAAGGACAUCCGGAUCCUCGACAGCAAGAGCCUCGACGAUCGUUUCGUGGAUGGCAUUAGCUUCCUCUCGCAAUCGAAAAUCGACGAUCUGAUCUUGGGUCCCAAGCCUCUGUCCAUCGAUGGCGGAGUCGCUGUUAAUGAGGACGAGGACGAAGCCAUAGGCGUGCCUUCGAGCCAGCAAGAAUUGACGAACAUUCUAAGCCAUAGAAGCGACAUUUCCACUCUGUCCACCACCUCUCAGUCCUCGAUAUCCUCUCUGUUAAUGAAGAAUCACACGCCGCUGUCGAUUUUAAACGAUACGCUUCCCUAUCUCAAGAGUAACACCACCUUAGCCGAGGACCUUAGCAUCCUGGGCAAUUCGACGAUGGACGAUCAUCACUCCGUGUAUGAUCCCAAGCUAAAAUUGCCCUCCGUUUUCGAUGAUCCUGAGCCUGAUACUGGUCUCAUACCUAUUAGCCAGUCGGAUAUGAAGCUCCUCGGUUCAGGAAGCUCGAACAAGAUCCUAUGCAGCAAGACGAAUUGUCUACCACCGACCAAACUGUUCCCCAGCCUCAAUGAAGUGAAGAUACUGGGCCCGAAAAAUCACAGCCAGGAGAUGAUGACGGCACAGUAUCAGGAGAUGAAGCUACUGAGCCCCUACGAGCAGUUUUUGAAGAGCACUGCCUCGAACACGAACGGCUGCGACAGCGGCGGAGUAAACACUUCCGCUGGAUGUAGGAAAGAGGUGAAAAUUCUGGGUAAGAAGUUAGGAACUGGCAUUAUUACCAGCACCGAGGAGGGCAACGUCGUGGAAGUUAUCGAGGAGAAAACCAAGCUGAUGUUGGACACUACAGGACCCUGCAACCCAUCUGACAACUCGGUAAUUUCGUCACCUCGGCUGGACAGGCAGAUAACGGAAAAUGGCGGGCCAGACAGUUUUUUCCUUCAAGCCUGUAGUCCUUGCGACUCGGACUUUCUGAAUUUCGAGAAUCGUCUGAAAGACACGUCGCCAGCCGGCCAUUUCGGGCGAACCCAGAAGGAUUCCAGGGACAGCUUCAGCUCCACCGGCGGCCUUCCCGAUCUCGAUUGA